GUACUCUACUACCUUGAUUUAGUCAGAAUCUCAUAAAACGCCAGCUAGAUAAACUGUUAGACAAAUUACUGACACUCAUAAUCUUUAAAGGAUACGGGUUAUCUACAUGAUUUGUAUACCAACUUUCCAUCACACUCAAGGCAGUUUGAUUUAAUGGUCUAUUUCGUGUUAAAUUGAUCGCGUCAGAAUAUCUUUUUGAUCUUAAGCGGGAAUUAAAUUUCAGUUUAUCACUUUUUGACGUCCAUGAAUAGCUAUUUCCAGAGAUUGAUUGGUCUAAACAAAUUUCAUUUUCUCGGUGAAGGCUCGAAAUAUCAAAUGAUGUGGAGGAAUUUUGGGUAAUUUCAACUUGAGGGGUAAAACAAUAAUUUAAUAUUUAGAUUUAACUUUACAACUAGUUGACAUUAACUACAUUUGUCUAAGCAAUUGUUCGAAGAAAUUUCAUUUAAUAUACAUCAUUCAAUUCGUAUGAAGAUCAUGAUGUGGAUGAUAGUAUUUAUUACUUGGAUUCUUGCUGUGUAUGCCCCAAUUCAAAUUCGCGGUGAAGUUAAAGACCCGACUGCUUUAGAUGAUCAAGUGGAAAAUGGAUUAAAUGAUCAAAUUCUAACUGAGUAUGAGGCUUUUUAUAUUUAUGACCAUAUCGCGUCUUAUCUAUCUAGACCAGAAGUUGGAUUGUCAGGUUUCGCGAAAUUUUUCCGUGAAAGUGCAAACGAAGAAUUGGAGCAUGCACGUAAAUUCAGUGAAUUCGUCAAUAAACGAAACUCAAAGGUUGUCCUGAAAAAUAUUUUACUUGCAUCUUCAGGCGUACCAAUGGAUUUUAAAAAUAUUCAUGAAGUAAUUGAUACAGCAAUUAGAAAAGAACUUCAAGUCACUGCACACAUCAAUGAACUGCAUAAAUUAGCAUCGCAAAUGAAUGAUGCGAUUACACAAGAUUUUUUGGACGAUUUUCUACAAGAACAGGUGAAUUCUGUUAGUAAACUAAGAGAAAUGCGUGCUCGACUACAUUUGGAUAAUAGUGCUGUUUACCUGAUGGAUAAAGAAUUUCGUUGAACUGGUAGUCUGUUUGCAGCAAUAAGAAUUUCUUUCUUUUAUUCUUUAAAAUCUGUUGUUUAAAAAUGAUAAUGAUUUCCUGCAAUUAUAUGCAAAUUGUAGACGAGCAUUACCCUUUUUUGUAUAAAAAAGGUUACACUGAUUUUACAUGUGCUUGAUCUGUCUUUAUUUGGAUGUGUUGAUAAGAUAUUAUCUCAAGUGAUUUGUUAAUCUGAUUUCCUUCAUAAUCUUAAACAUUGAAGUUCAAAUAGUAAUGAUAAAAAGUUGAUAUUUA